AGUAUUUCUCCAAAUCUUCCAGAGCAAAUGCGGUGAAUUAAUUCAUGGCCCCUCUUGGUGAUGUAGAUUCUCGAUCGUAUCCAUCCACACUAAUGCUCGCUGUCCCGGAGAUCGAACAGAAGGCGUAAGCUUUCUUGAAGUACGCAAUUUUGACAUCUCUAUAUGGCACUGUCACUUCCAUCUGCAAGUGUUGCAUCUCACUGUCAACAGUGGUGGUGGUGUGCUACCGCCUAGCCGCCUACCAUCACCACUGCAGCCUCCCAAACACACGCGCACCACUCCAUGGAAGAAGAAGAAGGGGGACAUCAAACGUCGAGCAUCAAGCUGAUACGCAUCGCUGUGACCAUCUUGUUCACUCUUUUCUUGGGACAUCGCUACAGUGGCGUGCGCAUGCGCAUGCGCGCUCUGAAACUGCAAUCGGUGUGACCUGCCCACUGGCGCUCACGCAGAAGGCGCUGCCUAUAAGAGGCGUGCUUAUGCGACGCAUAAGCCACAAGCUCCUGAUUAAACUAACAAUCUGGUAUAGUUCGUUUUUUGUCUCUGACUCUGACAGAGGGUGAGGGAGGAGGAGGAGACCACGGUGGGGAAGGAAGCCAUGGGGGAGGAGGAGGAGCAGAGGAACAAUGGCGGCGACGGGGGCGGGAGGAAGGGCGGGACCAACAAGUACGCGGUGGCCUGCUCCAUCAUCGGCUCCAUCAUCUCCAUCCUCAUGGGCUACGACAGCGGCGUGAUGAGCGGCGCGAUGCUGUUCAUCAAGGAGGACCUCAAGACCAACGACACGCAGCUGCAGGUGCUCGCCGGCAUCCUCAACGUCUGCGCGCUCGUGGGAUCCCUCACCGCCGGCCGCGUCUCCGACUGGGUCGGCCGCCGCCUCACCAUCUCGCUCGCCGCAUGCAUCUUCCUCGCGGGCUCCGUCCUCAUGGGCCUCGCGCCCAACUACGCCACGCUCCUAGUCGGCCGCUGCGUCGCCGGCGUCGGCGUCGGGUACGCCCUCAUGAUCGCGCCCGUCUACGCCGUCGAGAUCGCGUCGGCGGAGAUCCGCGGCUCGCUCACCUCGCUCCCCGAGAUCUGCAUCAGCUUCGGCAUCCUCAUCGGCUACGUGGCCAACUACUUCCUCGCCAAGCUGCCGCUGGUCUACGGCUGGCGCACCAUGCUGGGGCUCGGCGCGCUCCCCAGUGCCGCGCUCGCCGUCGGCGUCCUGGCCAUGCCGGAGUCGCCCCGGUGGCUCGUCAUGCAGGGCCGGGCCGAGGAGGCGCUCGUUGUUCUCCGGAAAGUCUGCAACACGGCGGAGGAGGCCGACGUGCGGCUCGCGGACAUCAAGAGCGCCGCGGGGUUCAUCGAGGGCGACGCCGCGCCCGUGCCUCGCGGCGGCGGCGAGGGCGUGAUGAAGGAGAUGUUCCUGCACCCGACGCCGGCCGUCCGUCGCAUCCUCGUGGCCGCCCUAGGCGUCCACUUCUUCCAGCAUCUGACGGGCAUCGAGGCGGUGGUGCUGUACAGCCCGCGGAUCUUCAAGGCGGCCGGCAUCGCCACCCGGAACCAGAUCCUGGCGGCGACCAUCGGCGUGGGCGUGACCAAGACGGUGUUCAUCAUGGUGGCGAUCCUGCUCGUGGACCGCGUCGGCCGGCGGCCGCUCUACCUCUCCAGCCUCGCCGGCAUCAUCGCGUCGAUGGCCUGUCUGGGCCUGGGCCUCACCGUGAUCGAGCGGUCGGCGCCACACCACGGCGCGCCGUGGGCGGUGGCGCUGGCCAUCGCCGCGGUGUUCACCUUCGUGGCGGCCUUCUCCAUCGGCGUGGGGCCCAUCACGUGGGCCUACAGCUCGGAGGUGUACCCGCUCCGGCUGCGCGCGCAGGGCGCCAGCGUCGGCGUGGCCAUCAACCGCAUAAUGAACGCCGGCGUGUCCAUGACCUUCGUCACCCUGUACAAGGCGAUCACCAUCGGCGGCGCCUUCUUCCUCUUCGCGGGCCUGGCGGUGGUGGCCGCCGCCUUCUUCUACUUCUUCUGCCCGGAGACGCAGGGCAGGGCGCUGGAGGAGAUCGAGGAGGUGUUCAGCCGCGGGUGGCGCGCGCGGCAGAGGCAGCAGGCGCCGUCGCCGUCGUCGGUGGAGCUGCCGCCGGUGCCCGACAGCAAGGCGCGGCCGUGAUCGCUGAUGGAAUGCUACUAGUAGUCCUAUGUAGUGUUUGACGCUAUCUGUGCAAGAGUUGGCAUUAUGCCCGUAUGACAUGAACUGUUCAGGAGAUGGACAAGUGAAUUGGCCUCGUA